ACAAAACAAUAUGUUCCAGAGCUGAAAUCUGGCAGCAGGGAACAGAUUACAAGUGCAGCAGUCACUAAUAUGGUAUCCCGAAAAGAACAUGUUUCAAGGAAGAAAUUUAUUAGUAAGAAAUCGGUUGAAAUUGGAUCAUGCUCUAAUGUGCCAACAAAAACGUCUAUUUUAAGGACGAACAUUGUGAGUAAGAAACCAAUUCGAAGUGGAACACGCACAAACGUGGGACUUAAAAGAACAUUUGAUUUGAGUACGAUUACUCGGAAUAAGAACUCCAUUCGAAAUGGAGCAGGCUUAAACGUGGGAAUCAAAAGAGCAGCUGAUAUGAAAACUGAGACUAAGAUCCCGAUUUCAUCUAAAAUAUGCACUACAGUGCGGACAACGGAAGCAUCUGUUUCAAACAAGAACAUUAUUAAUAAGAUCCCGAUUGUAAUUGGAGCACACAAUAACGUGCUGUCAGCGGAAGCAUCUGUUUCAAGGAAGAACAUUACCAAUAAGAUCGAGAUUGCAACAGGAGCAUCCUCUAACGUGCGGUCAACGGAAAUAUCUGUUUCAGAGAAGAACGUUGCUAAUGAGAUCCCGAUUGUAACUGGAGGAUGCGAGAACGUGAGCUCAACUGAAACAUCUGUUUCAAAGGACUUGGUUAAUAAGAUCCCGAUUGAAACUGAACAAUGCAUUAACGUGGGGUCAACGGAAAUAUGUGUUUCAGAGAAGAACAUUGCUAAUGAGAUCCCGAUUGUAACUGGAGGAUGCGAGAACGUGAGCUCAACUGAAACAUCUGUUUCAAAGGACUUGGUUAAUAAGAUCCCGAUUGAAACUGAACAAUGCAUUAACGUGGGGUCAACGGAAAUAUGUGUUUCAGAGAAGAACAUUGCUAAUGAGAUCCCGAUUGUAACUGGAGGAUGCGAGAACGUGAGCUCAACUGAAACAUCUGUUUCAAAGGACUUGGUUAAUAAGAUCCCGAUUGAAACUGAACAAUGCAUUAACGUGGGGUCAACGGAAAUAUGUGUUUCAGAGAAGAACAUUGCUAAUGAGAUCCCGAUUGUAACUGGAGGAUGCGAGAACGUGAGCUCAACUGAAACAUCUGUUUCAAAGGACUUGGUUAAUAAGAUCCCGAUUGAAACUGAACAAUGCAUUAACGUGGGGUCAACGGAAAUAUGUGUUUCAGAGAAGAACAUUGCUAAUGAGAUCCCGAUUGUAACUGGAGGAUGCGAGAACGUGAGCUCAACUGAAACAUCUGUUUCAAAGGACUUGGUUAAUAAGAUCCCGAUUGAAACUGAACAAUGCAUUAACGUGGGGUCAACGGAAAUAUGUGUUUCAGAGAAGAACAUUGCUAAUGAGAUCCCGAUUGUAACUGGAGCAUGCUCUAACGUGCUGUCAACGGAAAUAUCUGUUUCAGAGACGAACAUUUCUAAUGAGAUCCCGAUUGUAACUGGAGAAUGCGAGAACGUGAGCUCAACUGAAACAUCUGUUUCAAAGGAGUUGGUUAAUAAGAUCCCGAUUGAAACUGAACAAUGCAUUAACGUGGGGUCAACGGAAACAUCUGUUUCAGAGAAGAACAUUGUUAAUAACCUACCGGUUGUAAUUGGAGGAUGCGAGAAUGUGAGCUUAAUGGAAACAUCUAUUUCAAAGAAGAAUUUUGUUAAUAAGAUCCCGAUUGAAACUGGAGCAUGCUCUAAGGUGAGAUCAAGAAAGGCACCUGUUUCAAGGAAUAACUUCAUAAAUAAUUACCCCAUUCGACGUGGUGCAGGCAACAAUUUGAUUUCCAGAACAGCAUCUGCUUCAAACAUGAACAUUGUUAAUAAGAUCCCGAUUAAAACUGAAUCGUGCACUAAGGUGAAGUCAAAUGAAGCAUCUGUUGCAAAGAAGAACAUUAUUAAUAAGAUCCCGAUUGUAAUUGGAGCACACAAUAACGUGCGGUCAGCGGAAGCAUCUGUUUCAAGGAAGAACAUUACUAAUAAGAUCCAGAUUGCAACAGGAGCAUCCUCUAACGUGCGGUCAACGGAAACAUCUGUUUCAAAGAACUUGGUUAAUAAGAUCCCGAUUGAAACUGGAAAAUUCUCUAAGGUGAGAUCAAAGAAAGCACCUGUUUCAAGGAAGAACUUCAUAAAUAAGCACCCCAUUCGACGUGGUGCAGGCAACAAUUUGAUUUCCAGAACAGCAUCUGCUUCAAACAUGAACCUUGUUAAUAAAAUCCCGAUUAAAACUAAAUCGUCCACUAAGGUGAGGUCAAAUAAAGCAUCUGUUUUAAGGAAUAAUAUCCUUUUUAAGAUCCCGAUUGUAACUGGAGCACACAAUAACGUGCGGUCUGCGAAAGCAUCUGUUUCAAGGAAGAACAUUGAUAUUAAGAUCCCGAUUGUAACUGGAGCACACAAUAACGUGCGGUCUGCGAAAGCAUCUGUUUCAAGGAAGAACAUUGAUAUUAAGAUCCCGAUUGUAACUGGAGCACGCGAUAUCGUGCGGUCAAAGGAAACAUCUGUUUCAAAGAAGAACGUUGUUAAUAAGAUCCCGUCUGUGAAUGGAGAAUGCGAGAACGUGAGCUUAACGGAAACAUCUGUUUCAAAGGACUUGGUUAAUAAGAUCCCGAUUGAAACUGAACAACGCAUUAACGUGGGGUCAACGGAAACAUCUGUUUCAGAGAAGAACAUUAUUAAUAACCUACCGGUUGCAACUGGAGGAUGCAAGAACGUGAGCUUAACGGAAACAUCUGUGUCAGAGAAGAAGUUUGUUAGUAAGAUCCCGAUUUUAACUCUAAGUUGUAAGAACAUGAGCUCAACGGGAACAUCUGUUUCAAAGAAGAACAUUGUUAAUAAAAUUCCGAUUGAAACUAAAGCAUGCAGUAACGUGGGGUCAAAGGAAACAUCUGUUUCAGAGAAGAACGUUGUUAAUAAGAUCCCGUCUGUGAAUGGAGAAUGCGAGAACGUGAGCUUAACGGAAACAUCUGUUUCAAAGGACUUGGUUAAUAAGAUUCCGAUUGAAACUGAAGCAUGCACUAACGUAGGGUCAACGGAAACAUCUGUUUCAGAGAAGAACAUUGUUAAUAAGAUCCCGGUUGUAACAGAAGGGUGCGAGUAUGUGGGGUCAACGGAAACAUCUGUUUCAAAGGAGUUGGUUAAUAAGAUCCCGAUUGAAAGUGUAGCAUGCAAUAAGGAGCAGUCAAAAAAAGCAUCUGUUUCAAAGAAGAACUUCAUGAAUAAGCCCCGACGUGGAGCAGACAACCAUAUGUUAACCACAAGGCCGUUAGUUUCAAAGAAGUACGUUGUUAAUAAGAUCCCGAUUGUAAAUGGAGCAUGCAGUAACGUGCGGUCAACGCAUACAUCUAUUUCAAAGAAGAACGUUGUUAAUAAGUUCCCGAUUGUAACCGGAGGAUGCAGGAACUUGCGGUCAACGCAUACAUCUAUUUCAAAGAAGAACGUUGUUAAUAAGAUCCCGAUUGUAACUGGAGGAUGCAGGAACGUGAGCUUAACACAACCAUCUGUUUCAAAGCACUUGAUUAAAAGGAUCCCGAUUGAAACUGGAGCAUUCACUAAGAAGCGAUCUAAUAAAGCAUCUAUUUCAUUGAAAAACUUCAUGAAUUAUCCUCCGAUUCGACGUCGAGCAGGCGUCCAUGUGUUAUCCACAAGGGCGUCUGUUCCAAAGAAGAACGUUGUUAAUAAGAUCCUAAUUGCACCUGAAGCAUGCAGUAACGUACGGUCAACGGAAACUGCUUUUUCAAAGAAGAACGUUGUUAAUAAGAAUCUGUGUGUAACUGGAGGAUGCAAGAAAGUUUGCUCAACGGAAACGUCUGUUUCAAAGAACUUGGUUAAUAAGAUCCCGAUUGAAACUGAAGCACGCACUAAUGAGGGGUCAAAGAAAGCAUCUGUUUCAGGGAAAAUCUUCAUGAAUAAGCUCCCUAUUCUGCGUGAAGCGGGCAGCAAUGUACUAUCCAGAACAGCAUCUGCUUCAAACAUGAACAUUGUUAAUAAGAUCCCGAUUGUAACUGAAGCAUGCACAAAUGAGCUGUCAAAGAAAGCAUCUGUUUCAAGGAAGGACUUCAUGAAUAAGCUCCUUAAUCGGCGUGGAGCAGGCAACAAUAUACUAUCCAGAACAGCAUCUGCUUCAAACAUGAAGCCUGUUAAUAAGAUCCCGAUUGUAACUGGAGCAUGCAAUAACGUGCGGUCAGCGGAAGCAUCUGUUUCAAAUAAGAACAUUACUAAUAAGCUCCAAAAACUAAUUGAAUCUCUCCCUAAUGUACGGUCAACAAAAGAAUUUGUUUCAAGGAAGAAGUUUGGGAAUGAAAUUUCUAUUCCAACUGGAACAGGAACUAAUGUGCCGUUAGAAAGAUCAUCUCUUGCAAGGAAGAACUUCGUGACGAAGGUCCCGAUUGGAAGUGGAGCAGGCACUAAUGUGCCAUCCACAAAAGCACUCUUACUUAAAAUACAAUCUUUAUUACUAUAAAAGCAAUCUUAAUGCUCGGUGAAAAAUAUCUCCUGUUUCAAGAAAGAAAUUUGCAAGACGCCGCUUUGAAGAGGAACACGAGCGUCUUUUUCAAGUUAGAAAUCUGAGAUCAGUUUGCCAAUUCUAAUUGGAGCAGGUGCCGCGCAAUAAAAUCUGUUUUAAGGCAGAAAUUGUUUGUAUGAAUCUGUUGUUUCCUCAUAAAUUAUGGGUGGUAGGAGUUGAAGGCAACUGGAUUUUGUUAUCCUAGGACAGAGAUCGGGGGAGGGCUUUUAUUAAUUUGUUGAUGAACCUUUUCCCAUGCAUGUGAGAAAUAUAUGUAGGUUUUAAUACAUUUUAUGUUUGUCUUGGGUUAAGAUUUUGUUUCAAUAUGAUGUAGAUAUGUUAAAUUACAGAAUGAUGCACCAAGUUAUGAUGGUUUGCCGUAAGUGCUAUGAGAGGUCGGCCGGAAAAUGAAGUGAAUAAUUUUUAAGAAUAACUGGAAUAGUGUUUGAAAUUUAUUAUCCAUAACUUACUUGUUGAAGAUUAUGUAUUCUAGAUGACAUCAUUGUUUAUUGAUGCAUUUUAGUGAUCACUGUCCGAAGUUCUGCAUGACUUUCUAGUAUUUAAGGUUUUCACGAAGUGAAUCUGAGGAUGGCUGUCUUCUGGGUUGUUGCACCGUUUAGUGCCUCCAUCAUCAGGGGAUUGCCAUGAUGAUGGAUGCAGCAAGGACCACUGUAACGUCGGUGAACUUCUACCUGACUACACGGGGCAACAAACCAGAAGACAGCUAUCUUCUGCAUAACUCGCUGCAUUAAAGCACUAUUAAUUCUUUCGCAAUGCAGGCUUUUAUGUUUGGAUGAACUGGAGCCAGUAGACUUAGGAUAUCCCCACAGCCAACAUGUGGGGCUGUGAAGCUAAAAUAUGUGCUACUCGCCCUUAAUCCAUCCAAGAAAUGAAAGACCACAUUACCAACUGAAUUAGUAGUUCUUUUAUCCAACAAGUUAUGCAUAAAUUUAAGCAGCGAUUGUUGCAAUAUAUGGAAUGUCAUCUACAACAAGUAUUAUGCUAGUUAUUCCUAAAAUAGUUUCUCUUCAUUUGUUGCUCGGUCCCUCACAGUAGUCUUAAGGAAACCGUCUCAACCUCGCGCAUCACACUGUACGACUGAAGGUACAAAUAAAAAUUUGCUAUGUACUCAUA